AUGAGUUGCACAAGCUGCGACUGCGACUGCGAGCGUCAGCCGCGGAGCUUGGCAGAUGCCACUGCGGAGUGUCGGGACUUGGAGCAUGCCACGGCUAGCCUCUUCCAUCAGCUGGACCCCGACAGGCUGGCGGCGCUGCAGCGCCGCUGCGCCCAGCUGCUGCUGCAGCGCCAAGCCGCGGCGGCGCGGUUCCCGCCGGCGCAGCGGGCGCGGCGCGUGGCGGAGCGGGAGCUGGAGGCGACCAGCCAGGAGCUGUCAGAGGUUUUGGCCAGCAACCGGCAGCUGGAGAAGGAUCUGCAAGGCCUCCACCGCACGUGGCAGAAGCUACAAGGACAGCUCAGCCAGGCCCAGCUUGAAGCGCAGCAAUCCACUGAAGCCAUGCAUCGUCUGGACGAGGAGGACGCGGACCUCCUUCUGGCCCACCAGCGCCUCGACGAUGCGAGUGCCGCCCUGCACAGCGAGCACGAGACCUUGGCGCAGCAGGUAGCGGCUGAGCGGCAGAAGCGCAUGGAGUUGAAAGCCGCGUGCCGUCAUCAGAUCGCAAAAGUGGAGGAGUCGAAGAUCGAGCUGCAGCGGGGCUUGGAGAAACAGGAGCCAGAGCUCGCGGCGGCGAGGGAGGUGCUCAAGUGCCAGCGGGCCUCCACGGAGGAGGUCUUGGCAAAUUUGGCGCGGGUCAAGGCAGAGGUGGACAAGGCGGAGGCGGAGGCAUCUCAGCUGCUGAAUGCCAAGCACCGCAUCCACGAGGAGUGGAUGCAGGCCCAGAAGCAACAUGGCCAGCUGAAGGACGCCUUGGAGCAGACCACGCAGCGGUUGAAGGACUUGGCGAAGGAGGAGUCACAGGCUUUGAGCGAUUGGCGCCACGGCUAUUUGCAGAACCUGGACGAGAAAAUCCGACGCCGGAAACUUCGACAAAGCGCCGUCUCCCAAGUGACGACAACCACGUGCAAGGAGCCGCUGACCAUUUCAAUGGCGCCUACUUCUGAGGUACAGUGA